GAAAGGGUACUCAGGAAACGAGAAACAGAAACGGAUUCGGAUUCGGAUUAUGUUGAGAAAUCAAAAAAGAGGAAGAAGGGUCGUCGAAAUGAAUAUCAUGAUAGUGGUCUCCGGGAACAACAAAUUCCAACGAUAUCUAAUAAUUACUCUGAGGUAGAACCAGCCCAACAAACCGCUUUGACGAACAAGCCCAUUGUAACGAAAAUGAUGUAUGACGAAUAUUUCCCAUAUCUUAUCUGCGCUUUCAAUAGUACAAUAAAUUACAUCAAAGAAACCAUCAAAAAGGAAACAUAUGUGGAAAUAAAAAAAAUGCUACAAAUGAACGACCGAUUAAUCUUGCAGGAAUCUGUUGUUAAAAAGUUGGAAACGAUAUUUGAAACCGAUUACAGCGAGAUCGAAUCAAAAAUAAUUGAGGAGACAGUAGUCGAGGCCAACGACCAGUCGGAAAGUUCAAGAUUCACUUUUUUUAUUCGGUACACACUCUUAGAUUUUGUUACGAAUUUCAAGUAUAUAACUCCGAGAGUUUUGGACUGUGACAUGUCUGAGCGUACAUUCAUUGUUGAAUGUUUGGCUCCAAUUUUCCGUUCAUUUCGAAACGCUUUUCCGGAUAAUAAAAUUUGGUGGAUUGAGAAAGAUGCUACUUCAAUAAAGGUGGCCAACAAAAUGUUCGAAGAUGAUAUCGGUUCACGAAAGGUGGACAUACUCAUUCAACGUUUAACCGACAACAAAGAAAUAUUGAACACCGAGGUUUCAGGACCACCAUUCAAAUCUGCACUACCUCACACCGUUGGAGACACAAAAAAAUUGUUGAUGAUGUCCGUUUGCAGUCUAUGUCAAUUAUUUAGUGACAACCUUGAUUGUGGCACUGAAGAUGCCAAAAGGAUAAGAACAUACAGUAUUCAGGUCAUUGGCAACCGUCUCACUUUAUUUGCUGUUUCCCUCACUGACCGAAAGAAAUACUUGGCAUUAGAGAUGGCAACUUGUCUGAUCCCCUUUUCAUUUGACACCAUUUCACACUUUACAAAAAUCUUCAACUUCUUCCGAAUCAUUCGAACUGAAUUUAAGGAACAGAAUCAGUUGCGAAAAAAAAUCUCCAAUCUAGCUGACAACAUUAAUACAAGGGUACGAGACUGGUUAUAUUUUCCCGAUGAUUCCUUUUUUUACAAUUUAAAAAUCAUACCAGAGGAUAUAGACAAAGUUGUGAUAUGA